CAGCGCUACAGUUAGUCUCAUUACAGUAGCAGAUACAAUCACGUUUCCCCUUCUUGUGUCAUUACAAUAAUUUUAAACUGUGACAGGGGAUCAGAGAGCUGAAGAUGAUUGAAGGAUGAACGUCUUCAAGAUGGACAGCAACACUUCAGCAGCAGGAGACGAGCUGAAAGACUUGCAGGCCGUCAACAACAGCAUCGUUCGGACUCUGCUGCCCGCCAUCGCCUACCUCUCCGUGUUGAUAGUCCUCGGACUGAGCGGUAACCUUCUGGUCAUCUAUGUUUUUGCUUUCAGAACCAAGACCACUGUUCAACAUUUCUAUUUCAUAAGUUUGGCUGUGUUUGACCUCUUCUGUUGCUUGAUCUCAAUGCCAGCAGAGAUUGCAGACAUUGUGUUUUUCUACAUGUAUGAGUCUGAGUGGGCUUGUAAGAUUCUUAGAUUUUUUGUUGUCUUUACAACUCUGAAUUCUAGUAUCACACUUGUGGCUAUAUCUAUAGACAGAUACAGAAAGAUCUGCAAGCCAACCAAAAGGCAGAUCACUCUUAAAAAAGCAAGAUUGUCUUUGAUCCUCAUCAUCGGAGGUGCCCUGCUAUUUUCCUGGCCAGCCCCGCUACUUUACGGCAUUAGUAUUGUCGAUACCAGCGUCACUGACCUAAAAGGCCAUGACUGCACGUUCGCCGAUGCCUACAAGGGCACUACGAUCCCAGUCAUAUACAACUCGGCCUUGUUCUUCGGGUUCGUGGUGGAGGUCAUCGUCAUGGUUGUCCUCUACGCCUUGAUUCUUGUGGAGCUCAGAAGGCACAGCCGAUACGUCAAGACAAUUAGGAAGCAACCAGCUCGGCUUAAUGCUGAGACAACGGAAAGUUAUCACUCUUCAUUUCACUGUAGCAGUGUAGCAAGUGCAGAAGACCUGGCGUUAAGUCGCAGCGUGGAGGAUUACGCUGAUCGUUUGACUCAAAACAUAUUUCAGGACCUCUUUGCGCGCUCAGCUUCAAUGAACCAUUUGACAGCUCUUGCACUUGGAGACCAUGUCAUGAAUGAUAGAAACGAGUCGCUCUUAUCGCCGAAAUGUGUCAAAACUGAUGAAAACAAGGCCGAAAUAUCGCCAAUACUGAAUACAUUACUGUCACUUAGAGUCACUUCACUAUCUACAACAUCUGGCGACACAACUAUGUCGGAGUAUUCCGCGUCCUCCCAUAAAGAUCUCAAUCCUACCGUGAUGCCCCCAUCAUCGUCCACCUCUACGGGAAUAUCAGAAACUGGGUCACACAAGAAAACUGCUAAAAGAAGAAAAAAACGCAACUACAAAUCUAUCGGGGCCAAAACAACUUUGAUCGCAUUCCUGGUGACGGUGGUGUACAUCUUGAGCUACCUGCCCCACCUGAUUAUCCAGGUAGCCAAACUGAUUCACCACCUCGAUGACAACAAAGGGCCGAUAGUUUUGUACAACAUUGUCAUCAGGUCGUUCUUUCUCAGCUCUGUCGCCAACCCAGUGAUUUACGCAACGUUUAACUUCCGGUUUAGGGCCGAGCUGAAGGAGCUGUUCUGUCAACUGUGUCGUCGGCUGUAAGAAAAGAGACAAAGAAUAAGAGACUACCUUCACAUAUGUGGAACACUUUUAUGAACAGGACUGUCUCGGUUAGUGUUAUAAUGAGUUGACCUAGCGUUGAUCAUUACAACGUUGAAACAGCACAAAAGACACCGAACAAAAAAAAACUGUAAAAAAAGAAAGUUUCCUAUCAACCGUUGUAAAAAAGAAAUGUCAAAUAAUAUAAGGAAAUAUGAAUGAAAUAUUAACAGAACUUUAAGUAGAAAACUAUUGCAUUGUACACAUCGCGAUCCUAUUAUUGUGCGCAGUACAAAUGAAAGGUGUUCAGAGCAAAGUCAAAAAUGUGUUGAACUUUACAAUGAAAUGGGAUCUUUUAGUUUUUUAGUUCUCGUAAAUAAACUACACAUUCUACAUUAAUAACUGUUAUGGAAUCUGUGUGUGCGUGUUUGUAUUGGCUAAUGAUUUCUGAUCUGAGAAAUUCAGAUGCUAGAUAAAAAGGGGUGUAGGGAGGAUGGUCUUUUAACGUUAUAGACGAGAGACCAGAAGUACAUGUGUCUGUAGUAUGAUAAUAACAUGAACAUGGAAGACUAUUGAAGUAGUUUGUUUAAAUUGUUGGAUAUUUCGUUAUUUCAUUUUUGCAUUUAUCUACGUUGAAAUAGAAAACUGUAUAUAUAGGUCAGGUUUAUUUUGUUUUAGAAGAAUUUGUUUUCACCUAUGUUCAAGAUUUAUGUGAAAGUAAGACUUAAGGCCUACAAGGAUGAGCUGGACUAUCUACCUGGGCUAUCUAUCUGGACUAUCUGCCUGGAUCUACAAUCCAUAGAAACUUCUAUUAACACUUGUUUCAUCGUGAUGAGUUCCUGCUAGUUAUUUUAUUUUGUGUGUGUGUUUUCGUAUAUUUAAUUAAGUAUUGAUAACACUUUGGCUACAGACUUCCUUCUUCAGACACUGUAAUGUAGAUCUAGUGUUUAAUUGAUACAAUGAUUAACGAUAUUCCCUUGUGCCUGAAGGAAUCAAUUACAAAUAAUUUUUUGGGGGAAAAUAUUCCAACACUCUGUGGAGUUACGUCCGAGGGAAGUCUCAACUUUUAUGUUCCGAUAACUUCCUGGUCGGCUAGCAUGCAUUUUAAAUGUGGUCUCGAUGGUCAUAGUAUUGAACUAUACCCUCCACCAUCUCCCCCCGUCCUGCAGGAGGUUUGGCCUGGAUGUGAUCAUCUUUAUUCUGAUGUAACAUCCAAAACAUGUAAAAAAAAAGAGACCAACUACUUGGGGACUUAAACCUUCAUCUCAUCUUAUCAUCUCAUCUCAUCUGUCUCUUGAUUUUCGUGGUAGAGGUGCUGUGACAGUUUGCAAAACCUAAUUUCUUCACUUUUUCAGGUCAGCAGCUGUUCUUAGCAGUAUCACCAGAGAGAGGCCGGUCCAUUCCUUGACGUUGUCCAGCCAGCUUUUCUCUUUGGACGACUCGUGCUCCCUCCACUGUACCUUGAAGAAUGACGUUUGAUAGUGAGUCAUGUCUUACAAUAGGACAAUACCAGCUCAGCCUUUCGCCUCUUCCCAGCAUUGAUGUACUUUUUUGCCACCCAGAGUGUUGACUUGUAAAAGUACAAACUCAUUGUCUUCUUUUCUUGGUAUCUGAUACCCAACAUUUGUCUGUAGCAUCUACUCUCAAAGGUUUGGAGUCUUCUUUCAGACUCAGCGUUCAGUGUCCGACUUUCACAACCAUAAAUGAGAGACCAGAAGGGAAGUUGAUGUUGAUCUUCCAGAUUUUCCAUAGUUUGCUCAUGGCAGCGGAUGACAAAUUUAAACGGAUUUUUAUCUCUUUUAUUGAUCCUCCAUCUCUUGUUAUGUUUGACCCUAGGUAUUUAAAUUAAACGUAAUCGUAAAGACUUCGUUAAUUGACAGAACCUUAAAGGUGGUAGUAGUAGCGAUCGCUAUCCUUUCACUUCACCGAAAUUCGAGACUAAAAUCAUAGCUCCCUUUUUAGUAAAUAGAAAAAAUAAGUUUUGGAAUUCGCUCUGUAUCUAGUUCUUUCAAACCAGAUGUUUCACACCAUCUGCCCUAUAGAUUGUAAGGUCUGAAAUACUUAAUAUAUUUCUAUGGGUUCAACUCUUAAGGUGAUGUUGUGUUUUAGCGUCAAAACAUACGGUUUGUAAGCCUUCUCAAUACACGAACCAAAGCUUUGGAGUACGCUCUCUGUUUGAAUUGAGAACACGUAUGUUACUAUAGACAAGAAGAACAUCAAGACCUAACUGUUCACUAUUUAUUUAGAUUGCUUUUGACUUUUUUACGCUUGCUAUUUCUUUGUCUGUUAAUAUAGCGUCUUGUACCUACAUUAUGUUUAUCCACAGCACUACAUCAAUUAAUUGCACAAAGAAAAGUUGGUUCCACAGAGUCUUAAAAGAAAAGCUAUAAUCAUCCGCUUCGUUGUCUAAGAGAGUUAUCAAUAACAAAGGAUGUCAGUUGUGAGUUCUAGACUCUGAGCUUCAUAAAUAGCUAUCAUUUUAAUAGCUGAGUUGUCCAUUAAUUUGAGGCGCCCACUAACUGUGUGUUGAAAGUUAACCAAUCAAUACUACCCCUGUAACUUUGGCAAUACAAAACAUGUCUCACAAUGCAUCAGCCAAUGUCAAAUAGUUUUGGAAGUGUAGAGUAUCUUUUAAUAAACUCUGUAUUUGUCUACGCUUA